GCAGUCAGUCAUUGAUUUGAAUUGAAACUUAACGGUUGACAAUCUGGCCGCAUCAGAAAGCCUAAAACUGAUAUUAAACUAAAAUUAUUGCAUUUCAAAACAAAAACGUACAUUUUUCACAUUUGAUUCGCAUCGUAACAUUUGAAAUACCGUUUAUUUUUCACAUUUUUCGGUUAAUUUUUUUUUUUCAUAACUCGCGAUCGAAGCUUAUCAGUAAAUUUAAACAUUUUUUUUUUCAAACGGAUUUCAUGCGGACGAAAUUGGUUCUGUGUGAAAUUUUGGCGCGACAAAUCUGCAAAUCUAAAAAUAAAAGUGAUUGUGGGUUUUGUAGUUUCGAGAUAAACAAAAAACAAAACCGUUGAAGACACAUUUCUCGAACCAUCAUCAUCAACAAUUCAAGUGGUUUGCUACUUAGUCUGUGGUUGUGCUAAGGGAAUUGUGCAUUUUCUUAGUGAAUCAAUUCGAAUGAAAUACAGAAAUAGCCAAGGCUAUAUUUUACAAAUUCAAUUUCGGACGUUUUUAACAAACAUUUGCAAUCAAUAAACAUUAUUAAGGUGAUUUAUUUGGUUGAAGUUAACAAAACAAAGUAAAAAAGUGAAUUGUUGUCGUAACUAUUUGAAAUCAUUUGAUUUAUUCAUUUCAAAUAAUAAACAACGUCAACCGAAACUGAAUCAGGGACUUCAUUUUAAAUAAUUUAACCAAUUCAUUUAUUGGAUCAAGAAAAGUUUAAUUGUGUAUAGAAGAAACCGAAAAAUGGGCAUUGCAAAGCGAAUUUUAUUGCUCAUGUUUGUGAUGCAAAUGAUCUUUCUGGCAAUAGCAAAAGAAUCGCUUGAUCCAAACAUUCACGAUGGAUCAUUUGAAUGCGGUGAUAAAGGAAAUCGACAUGUGGGCACAUUCACCCUUUACGAUUACUCAAUAGUGUUGGGAAUGCUGGUGAUAUCAUUGGGUAUUGGCGUAUUUUAUGGCUUCUUCAGUGGAUCGGAGAAUACAUCAGCUGAUUUUUUGCAUGGCACUGAAAUGAGUUUGCUGCCAGUUUCGCUUAGUUUAACGACCAGCUUCAUCACAGCCAUUGAAUUGCUCGGGAAUCCGUCCGAAAUGGUCUUCAAUGGCACACAAUUCGCACUGAUAGUUUUAUCUAUUUUUAUGGUCAUUCCAGUGGCCGUAAAAAUCUACUAUCCAAUCUAUUUCAAAUUACAACUGACCAGUUGCUAUGAGUACUUAGGCAUUCGAUUCGGCAAAAAUAUUCGCAUCUUUGGCGCAAUUUUGUACAUCAUUCAAAUGUCAUUUUACACAGCCGUUUCGGUUUAUGCACCAGCCAUCGCACUGAACAAAGCCACUGGUUUGAAUACACGCAUUGCAGUCUUUCUCAUUUACUUGGUUUGCAUUUUCUAUGCAUCGCAGGGUGGUAUGAAAGCCGUUGUUAUCGCUGACACAUUCCAGGCAUGUGUGCUCGCUUUUUCACUCGUGUUAGUGGUCGGCCUGGGUCUACAUUUCACGGGCGGCUUUACAGAAGUGUGGACAACAGCUGAUGAAGGAAAUCGUCUAGAAUUUUUCAAUUUUGAUCCGAAUCCUAUCACAAGACACACUGUUUUUUCUGUUGUAAUCGGCGGUUUCUUCUAUUGGGUCUCGCUUCUAUGUACAAAUCAAGCAUCUGUGCAGAAAUGUAUGUCACUAAGAUGCCAGAAAAAAGCAAACAAAGCGCUCACUAUAUCGAUCAUUGGUCUGGUUUUGAUUUUUAUCGUAAACUUUUACACGGGUUUGAAUUUGUUCACGCACUACAAGGAUUGUAAUCCACUGAAAUCUGGGCAGAUCGGAGCCAAAGACGAACUUUUGCCAUUCUACAUUAUGGAUGUUUUCCAUCACAUUCCGUUUGUCAACGGGUUCUUCGUGGCUGGUAUUUUUGCCGCUAGUUUGGGAACUGUCGCCUCGGCGCUCAAUUCAUUAGCAGCGGUGACAAGCGAAGAUAUUGUGAGCACGGGCUUGAAUAUCAAAAUUAACCCAGAAAAAGGAGCCGUUUAUGCGAAAUGGAUGUCAUUGGGAUAUGGAAUUUUAUCGUUUUUGUUGGUAUUUGUGGUUGAGCAAUUAGGUGGAAUUCUCCAGGCCACUCUCACUUUGAAUGGAUUAAUUGGUGGUGUCACACUUGGUUUAUUUUCCCUUGGAGUCUUCUUCAAAAGUGCCAAUUCAAAGGGAGCUCUUUAUGGUGGUGUAAUUUCGCUCAUAUUAGUUGUCUACAUUGGAACGAUGGCGCUGCUACAAAAUGGUGAGGUGCAACCAUUGGACCUAUCAAUGGAGAUGUGUGAAGCUAAAAAUAUAUGCCAUCUCACAAACUCAACCACAACCGAAGAUAUCCCACAAAAAGACAACAAUACAUCUUAUAGUCCAGCCAUAUUUCGAAUAAGUUACAUGUGGUAUUCGUUCCUUGGUUGUGUGUUAACCAUUUUACUGGGUCUCUUCAUAUCAACUUUAACGGAGAAGAUGACAAAGUCCAAAGUAAUGUCGAUCGUUGAAAACAAUGAAAAAUGCUUGAAAAUUAAGGGUGAACCAACCAUAUUUACGGUCGAAUCAUACCGACGGAAAUCGCAAAUGCUUCAAAUCCAAUUGCAGGGAAUUGACAAUGUUGCAUUGAAAAUUGAAGAAUAAACCAAUUUAUUUUUGACAUUUUGACCUCUUUUAGUCAAUUUGAUGCGAUGAGGAGAAAACGGUACAAACACUAUAAUUCGCGUGAUACAUUAAUGCACAAAACAAAAAACAAAAAAACAAAAACAAAUCAAGCAUCAUUAGAAUGGUAGCUGUUCAUUUAGAGCAGAUUGACAUUGUUAUUGACUAUGCAUAAAAUACUCAUUAUACAAUGCAUACAUAUGCAAUUAUUCGAUAGUUUUCUAAGCCAUUUACAAACUUGAUUUAUUAUAUUAAUAAAGAAUGAAUAGAAAUUUUCGACAGUCAUA